AUGAUCACCUCACCAUUACAGCUGGUCGAGGAGCCCAAAACCGAAGAACAAAGAGAUCAGCCAUGCAUUGAACAAACACCAUCGCCGGACGCACCCAAUUUACAACUCCGGGAGGGUGAUGAAUCUGUGAACAAUCGACUGUCUCAAAUGGAAUUGAAAAAUAAAUGGCUCAAAGCAACCUUGCAACAACGAACUGCAGAGCAAUUCCAGCGAAUGAGGAGCUUCGAGGAAAUGGAACGACAGAACAGGGUGAUGGUUAAUGGGUUGCAACAAUUCCAAGAAGCUCUGCACGGUCUGCAAGAACAAGUGAGGACUUUACAAAGCAAAGUGGAGGCAAUUCUGGGGAGGUUGGAUGUAGCUACCUAAGAGGACCCUUUUGACGCCCUCGAUAGCUAGUAUCAGUACGGUCAUGAAGGCCCC